AUGGCCAGAACGUAUACAAUUGGAGACGACAGGAAGUGGUUGCUAAGUCUCCUGGGGUGGCAGAAUUUAAGGAAAGAUGGCCUGCCCUCUUCGAACCAUUCCAGGUACACUCCAAAACUCCUGGAGCUCUUCAGUGCAAAAGGAGGAGUGACUGGUCAGCACAUCAAGAACUUGUUGAUGGAACUGAUACAGGACCCAAGUGCCUCUGCAGUGAUGAAGAGAGAUGUGACUCUGAGAUGCCACGGAGACUACAUGGGAGAGAGUGGACAGGAGCUAAUCUCUGACUACUGUGGAAGUGCAGAGACCACUGUUCAUGAGGACCUGGAAAUGAAGAAUAUGAGCAUCUACAUCUGUCGUGAGCCAAAUGCAGUAGGAAUCAUCAUUGAGGGAGUACCAGUCCUUACUCAUCUUGGAAACCUGGCCAAAGUCUGCUGCCUACCUCUGGGGUUGACGUAUGCACUUAAUCUUGAGUAUCCAUCCAAACUUUCCAAAACAUUUGAGGUGUUUCAAAGACUUUUUGUGGGACUCGACACACUGCGCCCAAAACCAACCCCCAAAUUCAUGACUCUCAAGAAAGAACAAGCUUCUAGCUUAGGCAGUGAGCCAUGACUGUCAGCUUGCACUUUUGAACAGCUAUUUUCUUGUCUGUUCAAAAUCAUUAUACAUUGUUCAUUGAGUGGAAUUCUUCAGAAUGUUGUAACGGUUUGUCCUCUUCAGGUUUUAUACAAAGCUCCAGGUCAUCGUUUCUGGUGUGUAAAUUAAGUUGUUUUAUGUUUUAUACACACUAAAUUGCCCCACUGUGAAGCUCCAGCUGGUCAGAAGGAGGGAUCUGUGAGUUAAGUUCAAAUGUUUCAAAAUAUACACACUGAAAGACACUAUGGUGAAGGUGUUCUGCUUGUGAAUUGUUACAGAAGUACAGAUAAUCUUAAUGUUAAAUUGUUUUAGCAAGAAACUAUACUGUGAAUGUUCUAAGUACAACUUGAGAUGCUGAGGUCAUGCAUUCUUUUAUGCACUAAAUACUGAUGUUCUUGACUGUUAAUACUGUCCAGCUUAUUGACACGGUUUGGAUAUGGCUUGUGAAAACGUUUUAAUAAUAUGUAUACGGUUAAAAAAAGAAAACUACUGUGAAGGUGUUCUAUACAGCACUUUAAAAAGUUGAGGUCAUGCAUUCUAUGCACUAAAUAUGGAUGUUGACUGUUCAUACUGUCCAGCUCAUUGCCACUGUUUUUAUAUGGUAAUGAUUUAAUAAAGGUUGGAAUUUGA